CGUGCUGCUGCAGGCUAUCGGGUUCCUGUACGUGCUGGACCCGAACGUGCUCCUGACGGUGAUCGGGCUGCUGGACCUGAGCGUGCCGCUGAGGGCUGUCGUGUUCAUGUUCUGGCCAGAGGCGCCUUUCCAGAACAUGAUCUUGAUGCAGGUGCUACUCGAGACGAUCGUGGAGAGCUGGAGAGAUAUAGCCGCGGCGGGGCCGGUGGCGCCCACGCUCGUGGAGACGGCGCGCGCGCUCGUGGAGACGAUCGUCUUGCCGACGGCGAUCGUGAUUGUGCUGCUGAAGGCUAUCGCGUUCCUGCUGAAGGCUAUCGCGAUGCCGACGGCGAUCGUGGUUCUGCUGCGGAAGUCGCCCGGGUUCCUGCAGUGGUUCAGCCUGGACCCGAAUGCAAUGCCGAAGCCUUUCGUGCUGUGCCCGAUCAUGCUGUGCCCGAUCAUGCUGCUGCUGAUCCCCUUCCUGAGGCUUGGUUUCGCCUCUGCGCUCGGCGGGAUGGUGCCCGCCCAGGCCACUCCGUUUGACUUCGCCUACGUUGACCGUUCUAAGUUUGCGCUUCGCGUGCGUCGCAGAUUUUUCGAGGCGGCCCGUCGGUGCGACUACAGCAACGCCCCGGCCACGGCGUACGUUUUCGACAUAGUCAUCUCGGAGGUCACCGAGGAGACGCGCGAGUGUACUUUAGAGAG